UUACAACUCAUUGCGAAGCCACAUCACAAGGUGUCAUUCUCCGCUUGCACCUCGUAAUGCAACUAACUUCCAAUCCUGCCGGACAUGCAGUGUUAGUUCCUGCAGUGAAGAGGCUUACAGGUGUCUGUCUGGACGGAACAUUGAGCCUGCCCAAAGAUGUCCUCCUCCUCGUGACAUGCCUACGUUCAAGCCCCAAAAAUGAUGCUGUGCUCGAGUGGAGCCUCAAAAUCAACAAGGCCGAGGCAGAGUUCAAAGAUCAAAACGCAGCAGCUGUCUGCCUCCUCCCAUUGCUUGCAUCCUACUUUCAAGAAAACCUCGGAGAGCUCUUCCAGUUACAUCAGGUGACAACAGAAAUCACAGAGGAGUUUCGUAACAGUCUGCCUGCUUCUCCUGUAAUUGUUGCACUGGGUGAGCUUCAUGUGUCUUUUCCUUGCAUGCUUUGUAUUUUUGAAGGUGCUUUCUUUUUUAAUUUGUGUUGA